AUGGCUAAGAACCUCCUGGCCAAGGACCAGUUUGUCAAGCUGAUUGUCGGCGCCGGCCAGGCCUCGCCCAGCCCGCCCGUCGGUCCUGCUCUGGGUAGUAAGGGUGUCAAGAGCAUGGACUUCUGCAAGGAAUUCAACGCACGUACUGCCCACAUCAACCCUGGAGUCCCCAUCCCGGCGCGCGUCACUGUUCGUCCCGAUCGGUCCUUCACCUUUGAUCUCCGCACCCCGACCACCACCUAUCUCUUGCUCAAUGCCGCCAAUGUAGAGCCCCGGAAGAACCGUCUGCGCGGCGCCAUGAAUCCCGGCCACGAAACUUGCGGCAAGAUCUCGCUCAAGCACGUCUACGAAAUCGCCCAGAUCAAGCACAGCGAGACGCGGUUAUCGGGAUUGAGCCUGCAGGGGUUGUGCAAGAGUGUCAUCUCGCAGGCCAAGUCCAUUGGCAUCCAGGUUGUUCCAUGA